AUGGAUACUUCUCACUGGACGCAGGAAAUUGGAGUGGAAAAAUCCAUGCCAGAAAUAACUGUAAAUACAUGCUCAAGGCCAUUAGUGGAGAAAAAAGUGAGGCCACAAAAUGAACAAGCCCUUAACUGUCCAAGGUGUAAUUCGACGAACACGAAGUUUUGUUACUACAACAAUUACAGUCUUACUCAACCAAGAUACUUCUGCAAGACUUGCAGAAGGUACUGGACUGAAGGUGGCACCCUCAGAAAUGUUCCUGUGGGGGGCGGAUCGAGAAAGAACAAGAAGUCUACAUUUAGUUCAUCAUCAUUAUCAAUAUCAACAUUCGAUUCAUCCCAUAAUAAACUUCCUGAUCUGAACCCUCCAAUUAUCUCUCAGUUUUCUGAUCAAAACCUUAACGGGCAAGAUCUUAACUUAGCUUUUUCUGCAGCUCCACAACAGUUCUAUCAUGGCACUGUUCCUCAUUUUCUUGAAUUCCCUAAGAUUGAGAACAACAAUAACAUCAACUCUUCUUCUUCGAAUCCGGUUUCGGCCAUAGAUUUGCUAAGGACUGGAAUAACUUCAAAGGGAUUGAAUUCCAUUUUUCCUACACCAAAUGUGGAAACUAAUGCACUUCUUGCAUCAGGUUUUCCAGUUCAAGAAUGCAAACCAGCAGCCAUUGGUUUUUCCUAUGAUGGAAGGCCUACAUUUCAACGACAUUCGGGCACAGACGAAGUCAAUAAUCAGAUCAACAAGGGACACCAUAACUCAAAUGGAUACUGGAAUGGAAUGUUAGGUGGAGGAUCUUGGUAA